AUAACAAACCCCAAUUUAUGUUAUAAGGGUCUCCCUUGUGCAACAUGACAACCGUAGACCACUGUUUAACUUCUUCCUAUUCUUUAUUUUAAUAACAAAUCAUAUCGCUAAGACGCUGUCUCUAAUGUUACAAAUGUAUUUUUUUUCUAUUGGCCCACAAAACGGUUCGAGUCCGUUGAGGGGCUAGAGGGGUGGAGCGCGCGCGCGCGCGCGGAGCCGAGCGCGCCGUUUGUGUGACAGAGAGAGCAGAGCGCGAGAGGCUGUGCGCGCAGCACUCACAACCGACCGGCGCGUGCCACAAGCGUUUUAACGGCUUUUAACGGAAAGCGAGGUCGUUAUUCAUUAACUCCUGAGAGAACGAAGCCACAAGGAGAGAAAUGCGGAUGACUGAGACACAGGUGAUGGCGUCUCAAAAGUGAUGCAAGCAGCAGUUCCAUCCAUCACCAUGUGAUAUACAAUCAGAAUUAUGACAACGCCUCUGGAUGAACUGAGACUUCAACUCAAAACGUCAGCUACAAGUUCUUUUGAUUUUGGGUGUGGUGACAAACAGUGACUGCUUUGACUUUUUAAGACUGGAAUUUUUUUUUCUGGAUGGAGUUACCCUUGUCUCUGUGCCUAUAUUUGACAAGAAUCCUACCAGUAAUGGCUGUGAGGGCCAUCAUUCACUGAAGUAACUGGAAAUCCAACAAGACUGAAGGUUAUUGAACAGUCUGAUCCAUCCGCAGUGGUACACACACAGACACUCACUCACGCGCUACAUCUAAGGAAAAAACAGUAAAAAAAGUACCACCAAAUUCACUCAAGAAGGUCCAAAAAGUGGCAGCAGGAAAAAAAAGUUCCACUCCAAUUCCCACCACUAGCAGAGUUGAGCAGUUUGCAGGAUAUUGAAAGACCAUGGCAACUGAAAGUGUGAUUGAGCUCAGGGACUGGCUGUUCCUGCUUCUCCUUUGCCUGACUUUAUUGGUGGAAGUGCUGGAAUUUGCAGCAGCAACAGCUGCCAUCACCGAGGCAGCACUUGGGGAGGCAGAGCUUCAGGGUGAUGUUCCAUGUCCAUCAGCAUGUAGAUGUGAUGAUGGCUUUAUUUACUGCAAUGACCGUGGACUGAGCAUCAUACCACCUUUACCGUUAACAGCAGCUGUGCUCUAUUUACAAAAUAAUCGUAUUGAUAAUGCUGGCCUACCAACCUCCUUAGAACGGCGAAUGACUGUUCAAGUAGUUUAUCUCUAUGACAAUGAACUUGAUGACUUUCCAACACAUCUGCCUCCAUCACUACGUGAACUCCACCUUCAGGACAACAACAUACGAACUUUGCCUCGUGCAGCUCUCGCACGUUUACCCUUGCUGGAGAAGCUCCACAUGGAUGAUAAUUCAAUUUCUACCGUAAGCAUUGAAGACAAAGCCUUUGCAAAUAAUCCCAGACUACGACUUCUUUUCUUGUCACGCAACCACCUUUCAAGUAUACCAUCAGGGUUGCCAUCAUCACUAGAGGAGCUCAGAUUAGAUGACAAUCGAAUUUCUACAAUUCCAACACAUGCAUUCAGGGGACUUACCUCACUAAGACGUCUUUUUCUCGACGGGAACUUGUUGGCAAAUCAACGUAUAGCCGAUGACACAUUUUCACGACUGUCUAAUUUAACAGAGCUCUCUCUGGUACGCAACUCUCUUCAGUCACCACCUUUAAACCUACCUAGCAUGCACCUUCUUCGACUAUACCUACAGGAAAAUGCUAUGACUCACAUGCCAAGAGGUUCACUGGAUGGUAUGCACAGGCUGCAGAAGCUUGAUUUGUCAGGCAACAACCUUACAACCCUUCCUAGGGGUUUGUUCAGGGACUUGGACAGCAUCUCACAGCUACUUCUGCGUGGUAAUCCCUGGUAUUGUGGCUGCAACCUACGCUGGCUCCACGAUUGGUUGCAUGUCCGAGGUUCGUCAGUAACAGUAAGGGGUCUAACAUGCCAUGGACCAGAAAAAGUCAGGGGCAAAUCACUUAGGGACCUCACAAGUCAAAUGGAGCAAUGUGAGGCAGCUGUAGAUGGACCUGGAGGAGUUGGAGGAGUUGCAGGAGCAGGGGGAGCUGAUGGACCUAAAAGAGAUAAAGGGGAUUCUCCAACUGAAACCCCAACCACAACAACCCUCACACUUCCCCAGGGUUCUCUCUUCACACUCAAGUCCAGGCGACCCAUACACAGAUACCCUGACUUGAGACAGGACAAUUCUGCAGAGGGGGAAAGUGAGGAUGUUGGCAAAACUUUGUUGAUCAGUGUAAAGCCUUUAACUCCAGAGACAGCCCAUAUUACGUGGCAGGCUGCUCAACCAGCCUCAGCAUUCAGGCUAUCCUGGUUAAGACUAAGCAGUAACCCAGCCAUGGGAUCUAUUACAGAGACACUCGUCCCUGGAGACCGCCGAGAGUAUUUACUCACCCAGUUACAACCACGGUCAAGUUAUAUUAUCUGUGUGGUGCCUCUUGUUGUCAGUAAAGGAAGAAGGACACCAUUUACAGGAACAGGGGGGUUGAAUUUGAACACUGACUCAGAGCAUGAACACCCUGCUUGUGCCAGAACAGAGACAGCAGAUCUUCAGAUUCAGCCUAGUGCUGACCAAGGUCAGGGUGAUCAAGGUACAGAUGAAUUAACUGUCUUACCCCUUGCAGGGAUUAUAGGAGGGGUGACUGCAUGUGUUUCCCUGUUCUUAAUUUUUGGGAUUUUCUGCUGGUAUGGACAUCGGGCAGGAUAUCUUACAGCUGAUGAUCAUACUGUCUAUGCGCGUGAUGUUGCGUCCCGUAGUGCUGUCAAGCAUUAUGAUGACUAUGUAGAAUCUGGUACCAUUAAGGACACGUCGAUCUUAGAGAUCGGAACACCUGGUUUCCAGAUGACACCACUGGCGGCCCAACAGCCCCUACAGCCAAAGGCAAAAGUUGAGGACAUGACAUACAUUCAUACAAUUUUCCCCUCAAAUAAUACAACCCUUUACAGGAGCACCCUAAACCACACAGCAAAUCCAAGCUAUGGAACCAACCGUGGAUACAGAGAAGGUGGAAUACCAGAUAUAGAUUAUGCUUAUACGUGAUAGUCUAUUUAAUGUCCCCUAUCUUUUCUGGCCACUAUCUUUAAGACAAAGUAGCUGAGUAGGGCUUUGUUCAUUGUCUUAGGUUCCAAAGUAGGGGUGUGCCAACUCUGAAGUAGUCUAUAUGUCAUCUAUAUCCAUAAUAAUCUCAUAACUUUAAAAUGUGUGUUUUAAACAUAUCAAAUUAAACAGUUAAUUAACAGUUACAUAAACAGUUUGUAGAAACAGUCCAUGAAAUCCAAAUUGUCUGCAAAUCCAGUGAAACCACUGAAAACCAAAUUGUGUCCCAAACCAUUCAAGGUAGAUGCAAAACCAGUGCAUCGUCCGAGAGGCUUUUAAUAUUUUCAUUGAUUUAUUAGGGUUAUGCUACUUGUCCCAUCCUAACCACAUAAUUUAUAUGAAACAUGAUUACCAAAAGGCCUCAUUUUCAUAUACAUAGUCAUAAAACAGGUUUUCAAAUGGCACACCCCUAGUCCAAUGUACCCUUUGUGCCUCCUUUGGUCUGUUUCCAGUCUAUCUGUAAACCGUUACAAUUUGGGACGAUGAUUCCCUUGGGGGAAAAAAUAAUCCAGAACAACAUAUAAGUGCCAGAGAUACCAGCCUUGGUAUUGAUUUUAUUUAACGUUGAAGGUUUUGGGAACUUUUAUAUUUUUUUCAUACCUGUUUAUUUCCUUGAGCUAAGUCAUGUUAAAGGACCAUAACAGUAGCAUUAAGAUAAUGUUAUCCUGAGGAACCAGGUGUGUAUAGUUAUAACGUUACUACCUGUACUGUGUAUGAGCAAAGGAAAAUGGGUGCCUUUCAUUUGUUGUCAACAUCUGCUAUGACAAAAACAACAAAAACAAUGUUUUUUGUUUGUAAUUCAGAUUAUAGGUUCUUACUAUUCCCAUUACCUCUGUCUCUCUUUUGAUUUUCUCUGGUAUUGUAUUUUUUUUCCAUGUUGUGAAAUGACUUUGUUCCUGGCUCAGAACGCUGACAGGGGUGAUAACGGUUUGACAGUUUAUUGGUUUAUUUCUUUUUAUUGAGAAAAUCUGAAGGGUAGGGGGUGCCAGGAAAACAGCAAAACAAGAGGUUAUGGUUAUGUUAUUAAAAAUGCAGUUAUUUUCUAAACGGACAUCCAAUAUUCAAAACCAGACCUAAAAAGAAGCUAGUUGAGAUGUUCAAAAGGGGGAAGAAGCCUAUUCAAAGACAAUCAUGCAAGUUAAGACAUCUCUCUCAAACUGACAGGCUGACACAGAUAAAGCAGUCAAUUUGCUACUAACUUAAUCCAAGCUAAUGGGAAGGGGAUAUCGAUACAGAUCCACUGUCUGAAGAAUAACAUGAGCACUUAAUCCAAUAAAGGCCAUGAAAAGUGGUCAGUGGACAUUUCCAUGACUCUAACUAUGUUACCAUGAAGAACUGCUAGAAAUAUCCAUUCAUGCCCUUAAGGUACUGACAACAGAAAUCAGGGACAAAUAUAAAAAUAACAGCUACAACACUGUGGACCUCUUCAACUUUUGUAUAAGUAAUGGGGUGUGGUAUAGAACACAGUCUUUCUUUUUGAAUGGCUCAGGAGACUCUUUUACCCAAAUUAUUAGUAGAAACUGGGAGCACUGCUUGUAAAGCUGGAGUGUUAGAAAUGUCAGCAGAAUAGUAUAUAGUCCCUUUAAUUUUCCUGCCUUAUAUGAUGCGUUUUGAAAUAUCUGAACAAAUAGCAAAUCUGUCACUUUUUCUCUGCAGUAAAUAAUAAACAGCUUGUUUUUUCC